GAUUCACAACAUCGACACGAAGCUCGCUAUGCUCUAUUUGGUGAAAGUGGAGAUGAAUUUGCACCUAACAGCACCUACUCACCACACCUACAGAAUGACACACCGCGAGGCCACUCGGCUUCUGAAUCUCCUCAUAUACAAACUCCUCCCAAGGAUCCGAGGCACAGUCAAAUCGACAACAUCUCAAAGUUCUCCCCGUUCCCUCUUUCCCCCAGUGAAGACAGUCAAGUUAAUCAUGCCGCCCGUCUUGCUAUCUUCAGCAGCCAGGAAGAAGCUGUAUCUCAAGUGCUUUCUGACCCAAACACCGACAGUGGUACGUCAGAAUCGCCGCCCCCUACCCUUAUUAUUUUACUUAGCUUUUAGGAUCUAA